AUGGCCACCAAGAGCUUCUACGCAGUCAUUGCUGGCGUCGGCGCGGGUACUGGCCGCUCAGUCGCCCUCAAAUUCGCCAAGACCUACCCCGUGGCCCUCCUGGCCCGCAAGCCUGAGAGCUAUCAGGAUAUUGUCAAGGAGAUCAACGACGCCGGCGGCAAGGCUGUCGGUAUCACGACGGAUGUGACGGAGCAGGCGUCGUUGGAGAAUGCGUUUACCGAGAUCCAGAAGACCGACGGCUUUGCCGGCGCCGGACUCGCGGCUGCCAUCUACAACGUCAGCGGCGGUUUCGGCGGCCGCAAGCCGUUCCUAGAGACGUCCCUUGAAGAUCUCGACGCGUCCCUCGCAUCAAAUCCUCGCGGUCUCUACCUCUUUGCGAAGAGCGCCCUGCCUCUGCUCCUCAAGUCUGUGCCCGACUCGCCGAACCCGCCGACACUGCUCGUGACGGGCGCUACGGCGUCGACGCGCGGCAGCGCCUUCUUCUCGGGCUUUGCGGCCGGCAAGUUUGCCAAGCGCGGGCUGGCCCAGUCGCUGGCUCGCGAAUUUCACCCGCAGGGUGUGCAUGUGGCACACGCCAUCAUUGACGCUGUCAUCGACAUCCCGCGGACCAAGGGCUACAACGUCAAUGGCGGCGCGCCGGACGGCAAGCUGAGCCCGGAUGCGAUUGCCGACGAGUAUUGGCACUUGCACACGCAGCAUCGGUCAGGCUUCACACAGGAGAUCGAUCUCCGCCCGUAUGUGGAGAAGUUCUAA